GAACGCCUUCCUUACACAGUACGGUCACCGGCCUUUACGACCUUUGUUACGACCGACGAAUGUGCGCAUAUUGCGCCAGCAACAACGAUGUUAUGCACAAUUCCCAGGUGCUCAGUUUCCCGGCAUGCAGCAGAAGGCCAAGGGGGAGGCGUUGAAGGAAUAUAGCGUCGACCUCACGCAAAUGGCGAGAGAUGGUAAGCUCGAUCCUGUGAUUGGACGAGAUGAAGAGAUUCGAAGAACGAUUCAAAUCCUUUCGCGGCGUACCAAGUCCAAUCCUGUUCUCUUGGGUCAGCCCGGUGUGGGUAAAACGGCCAUCGUGGAAGGACUAGCCUCCCGCAUUGUAGAGAAGACCGUCUCUGAGUCUUUACACGAUAAGCGUGUCCUGUCACUCGAUCUCGCGGCGCUCCUUGCUGGUUCUGGCAUAAGAGGACAGUUUGAAGAGAAGUUCAAGGCGCUCCUACGGGAUAUAGAGGAGGAAGCAGGCGGUGUCAUAUGCUUCAUUGACGAGAUCCACACGCUUCUCAACUUGGGCAAAGCUGAAGGGAGUGUGGAUGCUGGUCAGAUGAUCAAGCCUGCUCUCGCACGUGGACUACAGUUAGUUGGAGCGACGACUCCUGAUGAAUAUCGCAAGACGAUCGAAAAAGAUACUGCACUUGCGCGGAGAUUUCAUCCUGUUCAGAUCGAGGAGCCUACGGUGGAAGACACGAUCUCCAUUCUGCGAGGCUUGAAGAGUCGAUAUGAGGUUCAUCACGGUGUCGGGAUUUCUGAUGGAGCUUUAGUCACUGCCGCUGUGUACGGUGCGCGGUACGUCUCGGAUCGUUUCCUCCCAGACAAAGCUAUCGAUUUAGUCGAUGAGGCCGCCAGCGCCCUCCGUCUGGCGCAAGAAUCCAAGCCAGAUGCACUGGAGGCUUUGGAUAGAGAGAUCAUGACUCUUGAAAUUGAAAGGGAGAGCUUGAAGAAGGAGUCCGACACAUUUAGUGUUGAAAGGCGCGAGAAAGUCGAUUCGGAGAUCGAUGCAAAACGGAAGGAAGCUCAACAGCUAACUAACAUUUGGCAUGCAGAGCGUGCUCGCUUGGAAGAGAUCAAGUCUCUAAAACAGCGUCUUGAGGAUGCCAAAUUCGAGCUCGAAGUGGCGCAACGUCAGGGUGACUAUGAACGGGCGUCUCGCCUGCGCUUCGCUGUCAUCCCCGAUCUCGAAUCCAAGUUGCCCAAAGAAGACGGGAAGGAAGGACAGACGGAGGAUCCUGCGCUUGGACAAAUGCUGCAUGAUCGUGUGACCUCGGCUGAUAUCGCUAGGGUUGUGGCCCGUGCCACAGGUAUCCCAGUUCAGAAUCUUAUGAAAGGAGAGAGAGAGAAGCUAGUCCAUAUGGAAGACGCCCUUCGCCAACGUAUCGUUGGACAGGAGGAAGCCAUCGCAGCCGUGUCAGAUGCGGUUCGCAUAUCCCGCGCGGGCCUUCAAGCACCCACGCGACCUGUCGCCUCUUUCCUCCUACUUGGUCCUACAGGAGUGGGCAAGACUGAACUGUGCAAGGCUCUCGCCGGAUUCCUUUUCUCGGACGAGCAUCGCGGACUUAUCACGAUCAACAUGAGUGAGUAUCAUGAUCGGCAUACAAUUUCGAGGCUUGUCGGUGCUGCGCCUGGUUAUGUCGGAUAUGAAGAGGGAGGACAGUUGACGGAAGCUGUAAGAAGGCGGCCUUAUGCUGUUGUGGUCCUGGAUGAGAUCGAGAAGGCGCACAGGGAUGUUUCGAUGAUUCUUUUGCAGAUCUUGGAUGAAGGUGUCUUGACCGACAGCCAGGGACGCAAGGUCGAUUUCAGGAACACGAUCGUGAUGCUUACCAGCAAUCUUGGCUCCCACCUUUUGGUCAAUAGUCCACCCGUCAUCCCCCCUGAGUUGAAGCAGGAAGUCCUUGGCGAAGCAGCGGAGUUCUUCCCGCCCGAACUUCUGAACCGUCUCGACUCCCAAAUUGUCUUCAACAAGUUAGGCAAGCCUUCGGUAGAACAGAUCAUUGACAUGCGCCUGCGUGAUGUCGAACAUCGCUUGGUCGACAGGCAUAUCAAGCUUGAUAUUGAUGAUGGUGCUCGGGAUUGGCUGCUGGCAAAGGGAUUCUCUGAAACCUACGGCGCAAGGGAGAUUGCCCGGGUCGUCAGGAAGGAUGUUGCUUUCCCACUGGCUCGCAAGUUAUUGUCUGGUACUAUCCGGGAUGGCGACCUGGUCACGAUUCGUGCCUCGGAAGACAAGAGGACACUCGAUAUCGUCGAUAAUCACGGACCAGAUGAGAAGUCCGGCCCGCUAGCUCUAGAUAUCAUGGAAGAAGAAGAACAUGAGUGAUUGCCAAGAAUACGUCCCCCCUCUACAAUGUAUCGUCAUCUAAUGAUUUCAAUCACGCAUGUAAUAGAUCUGUAGACUGUAACGCACCUGUCAUUUCUGCACCCCAUUACCGCUGAUUUCCCGGUCGUGAGGCGCACAAUUGCCUCGCAUGGGUUCUAGUACCCUAUAGAUUGGUCAGGGCCGAGAACAGAACGAGCGGCCUUUAUGCGGAGAAGAACCACAAACCUUUGCGAGCCCUCGUAUUUUCUGUUUCUCCAAAUGCCAGAAAGGCCCCGUCACUGCAUAAGUGUUGAGUUUCGCCAUGUCUUUGAUCUUGUCGACAACUCACAUCCACAAUACGACACGCCAUGUCAUCGAUCCAACGGUCUCCAGACGCGUCCUUCGCGAAUAUCAUCAUCCCCUCGCCAACAGAGCAGCUCAACGGCUUCAAGCAAGCAGUCAAAAGUCGUCUAUCACUUGUGUUGAACAAGAAGGCAGAGCCAUUCUGGACCCUUGUCAUCAAUUGCAGAGGCGUGCUCGACAAGCCGGGAAGAGGUCAAUAUGCGACGGCCACCUGGCUGCGUGUACUGAAAAGCCUGGUGUUCCCUCAUCCCGGAUGGUCCAGAUUGACGUCUCUCGAAAUCCAUGAAACCACUUCCGGUGCCGUCGUGGACCAACUAGCAGAAGUAUUCGCAGAUAUCCAGUUGCCGAGGGUUUUACAAGUCACAUUUACCGAGGUCUUUGACGUCGCGUUCGCCGUCGUGAACGACAUCCUCAUUCCGAAGGAACACGUCGAGGGACUGUCCCUGCUCAAGGCCUCUUUCGAUCUCACUGGUCUCGCAUCUAUGAACUAUGCGCUAAACAGGCUUUUGACGCUUGACCUGGUUGGUUGUCCACCUCGCCAUGCUUCUGCAUUCCUCGCACAUGUUCGAAUGCCUCGGCUCCGGCACCUGCGACUGGCAACGGAUGGAAGAAAGAACGUCGAACAAAUACAGCAUACUAUACUCUGGGCCCGAUC